CGAGCGGGGCGGUGCCGCCGCUGUUGCCGUCCGGUGCCGCAGGAGAAGGUCGCCCGCUCGCCCGCUCGCUCCGGGGGACUCCCAGGAUCUCGCUCAGCCGCUCCCGCCGUCCCGAGCACUCGGGGACAUGUCGAGGUGGGCGGAAGCCCGGUGGGCCGGCGCCAGACGGCGGACGGCGGCCGCGGCACACUCGCCCUCCUCGAGCUUUCCCCGGAGACGCCUCCCUUUACACGCGCCCCGAGCUUGAAGGCGCUGCCACAGCGAGGAGGCACCGAUAGGGAGCAGGACGCGCCGCCACCGCACCGGGAAUUCUGCUGGGAAUCGCGCCGGGGAUCGCCCCGGGAGCCGCCCCGGGAGGAUGAAGCUGCUGGAGAAUUCCAGCUUCGAGGCCAUCAACUCCCAGCUCACCGUGGAGACGGGAGACGCGCACAUCAUCGGCAGGAUCGAGAGCUACUCGUGCAAGCUGGCAGGCAUUGACAAGCAGCUCUUCAAGCAGUUCUGCCAGGAGGGACAGCCCCACGCCCUGGAGGCACUGUCCCCUCCCCAGACCGGGGGGGUGGGCACUGGGAGACAGGGGAGGGGACACCCUGGUGACGAGGACAGUCCCCUCAGUGACACGUGCAGCCGCAAGACGCUGUUCUACCUGAUCGCCACCCUGAACGAGGCCUUCCGGCCCGACUACGACUUCAGCGCCGCCAAGAGCCACGAGUUCAGCAAGGAGCCCAGCCUGAACUGGGUGGUGAACGCGGUGAACUGCAGCCUGUUCUCGGCCGUGCGCGAGGAUUUCAAGGCGCUGAAGCCGCUGCUGUGGGACGCCGUGGACGAGGAGAUCUGCCUGAGCGAGUGCGACAUCUACAGCUACAACCCCGACCUGGCGUCGGACCCCUUUGGCGAGGACGGGAGCCUCUGGUCCUUCAACUACUUCUUCUACAACAAACGGCUCAAGAGGAUCGUCUUCUUCACCUGCCGCUCCAUCAGCGGCUACACCUACACCCGACCGGACACCGGCACCGAGCUGGACAUGGACCUGGGCGACACCGACACCGGCGCCGGCGGCCGCGGCGACCCCGAGGGCGGCGGCAUCGAGGGGGACAGGCUGCAGGUGAUGUGCAUGUGAGAUUCCCGACCGGAUCCGAGACACCGGGAACGGAACCGGCAACGGGAACAGAACCAGCAAUGGGACUGGAAAUGGACUGGGAAUGAAACCAGCACUGGGAAUGGGACUGGGAAUGAAACCAGCACUGGGAAUGGGACUGGGAAUGGAACCAGCACUGGGAAUGGGACUGGGAACCAAACCAGGACCAGCACUGGGAAUGAAACCAGCACUGGGAAUGGGACUGGGAAUGGAACCAGCACCAGGACUGGGAAUGGAACCAGCACUGGGAAUGGGACUGGGAAUGGAACCAGCACCGGGACUGGGAACUGAACCGGCACCAGGAAUGGAACUGGGAACCCAGCCAGGAUUGGGACUGGGCACGGAACUGGCACCAGCACCGGGACUGGGAACCGAACCAGCACCGGGACUGGUACCAGGAAAGGAACUGGGAAUGAAAACCAGCACCAGGACUGGGACUGGGAGUGGAACCAGCAAGAGAACUGGAAUUCCAGGCUGGAAUCCCGAGUGAAAUCCUGGAAUUCCAGGCUGGAAUCCUGAGCCAGCACCAGCACCUGGGUGAAAUCCUGAAACAGCGCCAGAAUUGGGAACGGAAACAGCACCAGGACUGGCACCAGGAAAGGAACUGGGAAUGGAAAUGGAACUGGGAACAGAACCAGUCCUGGGAUUGGGACUGGGAACAGAACCAGCACCAGGACUGGAAAUGGAACCAGUCCUGAGAUUGGGACUAGAAUGGAACCAGCACCAGGACUGGGACUGGGAAUGGAACCAGCCCCAGGAUUGGCACCAGGAAAGGAACUGGGAAUGGAAUCAGUCCUGGGACUGGGACUGGGAAUGGAACCAGCCCCAGGACUGGCACCAGGAAAGGAACUGGGAACAGAACCAGCACUGGGACUGGGAAUGGAAAUGGAACCAGUCCUGAGACUGGGACUAGAAUGGAACCAAUCCUGGGACUGGGAAUGGAAAUGGAACCAGUCCCGGCACUGGCACCAGGAAAGGAACUGGGAACAGAACCAGUUCUGGGAUUGGGACUGGGAACAGAACCAGCACCAGGACUGGCACCAAGAAAGGAACUGGGAAUGAAACCAGCACCAGUACUGGGACUGGGAAUGGAACCAGUCCUGGGACUGGCAACCAAAGCAGCACUGGAACCGGGAAUGGAACUGGGAAUGGAACCAAGAAUGGAACUGGGAAUGGAACCAAGAAAGAUCUGGGAAAGGAGCCAGGAACAGAUCUUGGAAAGGAGCCGGCCCUGCCCCAGCACCGCUGGUCCUUCCUGAGCCGUGUCCCCCCGGUGUCAUGGUGUCCCCACGGUGUCCCCAUGUCCCCCCUGGACUCUGGAGCCCCCCCAGGAAUCCCGGAGCUCCGGAGCCGCCGCCGGAGCCGGGAGCUCCGGGAAGCUUCGCUGCACUUUAUGGCUCCUGCCCUCGGCUGCACUGACCCCUGUCCCGCCUGCCCGGGCUCCUGACGGGCUCUGUCCGUCUGUCCGUCCGUCCAGCCUGGGGGGAAACCCC